UAUAUAUUCUUAGCUCUGAAUAUAAAGACAACAUUUGCAAAUGCAAUCAGUUCAUACAGUAUUAUCUAGUAUUUCUAGUUAAAACAAUCAAAACAAUCCGUCCUAAAUUAUUAGACAAUCAUUAUCCAUGUCAGGGAUCAAAAAGAAGCAAUUUCGUUUUAGAAUCCCAUGGAUAUCAGGUUCUUCCACGGGAUUUCAGUCUCGUCCAAAACAAGGAUCAAAUUCUUCGUCGCAAUUAGCCUAUGCCCCACCACAGCCUCCUCCAACCCCAAUCUCUGAACCUCUAGAGAGAAAGAUGAUGUUUGCCAUUGCCACAUCCAACCCUAGUGAAAAUAACAUCAAAGUACCUGCAGAUCCGGUUAUCGCCAACGUCUCAAAUUCCACCAUGCAAAAUACUACUAUGAAAGAUGAUGCAACAAAUUUUGUUAAUAAAGUAACCACUGCAUACCCAACAACAAUAACAAAACUUCCGGACGAUGACAAAACAGUUAGUGUGGUAACUCUGGCUGGUGACAACAGAGGAGCAACAAUGCAUGUGGCAGAUUCCCACUCCCAAUCAACAAGGAAAAAGGGGUCAAUCCACAACAUUCACCUAACCAACGAGAAAGAAGAAAAGGAUGAAGCGGGGAAGGCAUACGUGAAUAGUAACAUACAAAGUAUGAAUAAUUCAUUGAUUGUUGAAGGUUCAAUAAAUGGAAGAGACCCUGGCGUUCGUGUCAUUCUUCCACAACAGCCCGAGCCUCAGGUUAAACGAGAUAUAGAAAAGCGCAGAGAUGAAGUUAAAACGGUUAGCCGGGUAGAGAAGUUAACUUACCAACCAAUGGUUAGAAGACGAUGCUUGAGAGGACUUAUGGUGGAACCAAGUGAUUCUGACCCUGAUAAUCCUGAUAAACCCUGUCGUCAUGCUGCAAAUUCAGUUGCGGAGAUGUUAGAAAGGAUAAGGUUUAGCGGCGCAGCUUGUUGUCUGUCUACCUUUCACUCGUGUGUAAUUAUCAUACUCGGAUUUUGAUUUUUCAUGUUGACAACAUCCAUAUUCUGUAUUGUUGAUUUUAUUUACAAUUGAUUCAUUUAUAGUAAAUUUUAUCAAGAUUAUUUACUUUAACAUGAGUAACACCAUAGUUGAUGUAUUUUCCUACUCACAAGA